AUGCCAAUCCGUGUCGGCUUUCUGAUCGGCAAGGACACGGAUUUGGUGGAGGAUGCAAAGUAUGUUGGCGACGCUUCGUUUUUGAGCGACAUGCCCGAUAAGUACCGAGUCGAUCCAGAGAGCAAGGAGUACUUGAAGGAUUGUGAGGAUGGUACAAAGGGGUUCGCACAUGCGGAUGUGGCUAUUCCUUGGUACAUCCACAAGCAUCAUAAAGACAUCGAGGUGGACAUGAUCUUUCCAGAGGACAUAUCAACGAAGCGCCUGAAAUCCAACCUGUGCAACUUUGUGAUCGGCUAUGACGUUAUCAACACCAUGUUCGAAGACAGCAAGAGGCAAUCAACAGUGACACGCGCAUUCAAGCAAUGCGGCAAUAUCAUGCCCAGCUGGAAGGUCCAGGACUUCAUUUACAUCAAGUCAAAGUACAUGAACGCAUGCUUGAAGGCUAGCAUUCCAAUGGCUCCGACCAUAUUCGCCCUCAAGGACAAGCGAAGCCCGGCAAAGCUGUUGAAAGAGAUCAAGGCGCGUGGCUGGAAGACCUUCGUCAUGAAGCAAUCCAUGAUGGCAUUCUCUCUGGGCUUCUGCAAACUCAAAGUUGAGGAUUGUGAGAAGGAUCCUUCCAUCCUCAAGAAGUACUUCAAGGAGUAUUCAGACUGUCCGGAGUAUGUCGUUCAGGAAUGUAUCGAGGGAUUCAGCCGCAACUGGGAGACCAGAGUGUUCUGGUUCAAUGGCGAGUUCUUGUACGCCAUUGCCAAUAAAGCCGCUGUUUCCACCGAGGACGGCCAGGAAGUCAUUAUCACAGGUGACGACAUCCCAGCAGAGUUUCUGGAAAACGCAAAGAGGAUUGGCAAAGCAGCCCUUGAGGUCUUACCUCAGUUGACGGCCCCGUCGGGCGCGCCUAUUCCCAUGACUCUGAUUCGUACAGAUAUUGGAUGCUCUGACAGCAAGGUCUUUGACAAGGACACUGACUGGGAUCCCAGCAAACGGACCUUUUUCUUGAACGAGAUUGAGUAUGGUGGGACCACGUAUUUCAUCCGCCAUCUGAAGGAGGACUUUGUGCCGAAGCCUUCCGACAGCAGCAAGAACUUACUGAACUGCGAACUUGCCAAGUGCGCCUACGUGAAACGAGACGCUGACGGCAUAGUUUGGCACGACGGCAGAGCAUUCGACGACGAAAGCUGUGCACGAAAUCCGCCAGAGCUGAUCAUGGACGCUGAUGAGCCACCAGUAUGGGCUGCCAAUGACUGGGAGGACUACUAUGAAGCAAUGCGCCCUCGUGGCCGCGAAUUCAUUUAUACGACGGAGGGCUCUGUAUACCGGAGCGAGUUUGACCGCCUUAUGCAACGCUUGAAGUGGCAUGGCCCUGCAAUAGAAGAACUCAUGCUGUCGGAAGAUGGGACUGGACCCAAAACACUGCAUUUGGUGGUGCCAGCGCUGUUUCGCUGCAUAGCAGAGUUGAAGAAGCAGAAUCGGGACUUUGUCGUGGUGCUUCGGACCUACGGGCAUGAUCUCCCAGAACUGCAGAGAGCAUUUGACCUCUUUGCUCGUGGUGAACAUCCUCUCUUUCCAGAAGUUCAGGAUGCAAGCCUGGCCUUCGAUGGUGUCAUUGACCUCAGAUGGGAUGCAGAGGGGCGGCCAACGAUGCUGCUGCCUGAUGGAAGGAAUAUUGAUGACGAGAAUGCAAUGUAUGAGCUCGUGACGCAUUCUCCACGAGCACUAGCGAUCAGUGACCACUUUGAGCACUGGCAAGCUGGAGGCUACAGUCCAAUGGCUGGCAAACCAUUUUGGUUUGAUCGCUCAGAUGAGACAGUUCAGCACAUCUUUUUUGACGACAAUGUGCACUACAAACACAACGAUUCCAUUGUUGCUGUUCGCGCACGACCACACGCAGCUGCCUACUUUCAGGCAUUGCCUGGAGAAGAUAUCUUGAAAUACUGGCGCUGCAGCGUUAUCAAAGCCCGCAUAACGGCAGCUAUUGACAAUGAAUUAUACUUCCUUCAUCGCAUCGAGGAGGCAGAAAGGCUAUUUGUGGAACGGCGUUUGUCACUUCCUGUACCAGCUGCGUGA